ACGUUGGGUUUCUUCGUUAUUGUUGCAAAUGGGGAGCGUCCAUCUGUUUCUUUUUAUAGGAAUCGCUAAACACGGUAAUGUGUCAUGACCGCCUGAAGGAGAAAAAGGGACUAUUGGAUAUGGCCUCUCCCAGUAGAGAUCGUCCGUCAACGAUCUCCACCAAUGGGGAGUUUCUCCUUUGACUGUGGGAGAAGAGAAGAGGGGCUUAAUCCUGCCCGAGGACUCCCCACCAACAAAAAUGCCUUUACAAUAAGGUUGAGUCAAUGUGUAUGCCCACAUCUAGCUAUUCCGUUUCUCCAUUUUUUGUUGCUACUGCCGUUCGUCAAAGUGGGCGGCCUCUCGGUUCUUCCUGCAAUUUGAUGUUCUCGAUUUUUUCUUGCACGUGACCGUGGGGUUAACAUUUCGGUGUAUGCCCAUUUCUUGGAAACCUAUGGAGGCAAACCAAGGUGGAUACGCGGAAAUAGAGAAUAUGGAUGAGUUUGUUGAAGUUGGAUCCCCGAAAACAACUCACGGGCGUCCGCCGGAGGAGGAUCGGUUGCUUCUUAAUUCCACUUUAUUUUUGGAUUAUGUUGGGGAGGUCAACGUCACCAUGGAUUCUAGUGGAUUGUCGUGGAAGCGGAUUGAUGAUUCGCCGGACAAUUCUACUUGUCUCGGGAUACAGUUCUCGCACAGGGGACAAUCAGAGAUCAAAUUUUCAGAGAUAUAUGCUGUUGAACUUGCUAAUUGUGGCUUGAUUCGUGAAUGCAGCCUACUAGAUGCUGGGAGGUGUCUCCUGAACUGCGACUCAGAGAUGCACCGAUUUGUGGUACAUGGAUUCAGAAGAUCCAAAACACAACCUUCUCUUUGGGUUCUGGCAUCGUACAUUUUUGGACAUAAAGAUUUAAAGGCCUGUAAAACAUGGGUAGAAAAAAUAGACAACGUGUUGACCCAGGAUGUUGGAAGGCCUAAAAACCUGCUGGUUUUUGUUCAUCCAUUUAGUGGAAAAGGAAAAGGAUGUAUGAUAUGGGAAAGCGUCUCUCCCAUAUUCACCCGUGCUAAAGUGGCCACAAAGGUGAUAAUAACGCAGAGGGCAGGGCAUGCAUUGGACACCAUGCUAUCUCUUACAGAUGAGGAACUCAAGGCCUAUGAUGGUGCUGUUGCUGUAGGUGGUGAUGGUUUCUUCAAUGAAAUAAUGAAUGGCUUUCUGUGUACGAGACAUGCAGCUCCAUAUCCUCCCACACCUGCAGAGUUUUCACAGUCUACUCACAAGGAUAAGGGAGUGAUGCGGCAGGAUGAUGUUUCUGGUCCUCUUCUUUACAGUACACAGUCCAUUGAGUCUGCCUCAUUAAAUACUGGUACUGGAGCAAGGGCAUUGACCACAGGCCAAGGUCAUCAUUUCUCUCUUCCACAUCCAUGGAUUAGAUUUGGAAUUAUUCCUGCAGGCUCAACCGAUGCUAUUGUGAUUAGUUCUACUGGAGUUCGUGAUCCUGUCACAUCUGCAUUGCACAUUGUCCUUGGAAAACAAAGAUUUCUUGAUGUUGCUCGAAUAGUCCGAUGGAAAGUUAGUUCAUCAUCCAUGGGAGCACCUUCUGUACAUUAUGCAGCUUCUUUUGCUGGGUAUGGGUUUUAUGGAGACGUAAUCAAGGAGAGUGAGACUUGUCGCUGGAUGGGCCCUGUUCGUUAUGAUUAUGCUGGAACAAAGGUGUUUUUGCAGCACAGAUCAUAUGAAGCAGAGGUCUUUUUCGUGGCAUCCAACGGAAAGGAGGAAGAUAAUAGUGAAACUGGGACCCAGAUGUUUCGGGAAAGAAUUCCAAAUGGACCAGAAAAAAAGUUUAUAUGCCGGGUGGAGUGUCCCAUUUGCAGUGAGGGCAUAAAGCCUGUUCAGUUUCUUCCAAAUGAUGAUACAUCUCGAAGCUAUUCAGAUUACAAAUGUUUAAGGUGGACAAGAACAAAGGGACGAUUCUUAAGUGUAGGCGCAGCCAUUAUCUCUUGUCGUAAUGAAAGGGCCCCUGAAGGAAUAGUGGCUGAUGCACACCUUGCAGAUGGUUUCCUACAUCUGAUACUGAUUAGGGAUUGUCCUCAUGCUCUUUAUCUCUGGCAUCUGACUCGGCUUGCAAGAAAAGGCUCUGAUCCACUUGAUUUUAAAUUUGUGGAACAUCAUAAAACUCCAAUGUUUACCUUCACUUCAUCUGGCAAAGCAAGUGUGUGGAACUUAGAUGGUGAACUCUUUGAAGCACACCAACUAUCUGCUCAAGUUUUCCACGGUUUGAUUAGUUUGUUCGCAAAUGGGCCUGAAGUUUAAGAAAUUUUUGGAGCGAUUUAGUUCCAGGUUUGCACGAAGAGGUGAGCAACCGGCCAGAAAAUAUAGAGGUCUUUCCAGAGGAAGAUAUGCUUCACUGGCUUGACUGCAUCUUAAAGGUCACUAGUUGUGCAUGCCAACCAUAUUCUCCAUGCAUGGAUUGAUGCGGCUGCAAGAUGGAACCGAGGAGGGAAUGUCAAAACAGCAGCCGGAGCUGGAAAGUUUCACUUUUUGACAAAAUAAGGGAUAUUGCUUUCAAGAUAAUUUAGAAAUCGCCAGCCAUUGCAACAAAUAAAGAGAAUGCACAUCAAGGACAUGUAACCUUAUUUCCGUCCUACUUGUAAAGCUCUUUUGAUUAUCUAUCACCCAACUUUGGGCAGAUUGUAAUAGUUAUCAAGAGGUAAAAACGAACAGUUGUUCUUGUCGCUAAAUGUUUCUAAAUCUUUAAUCUCA